UAAUUUUGUUUUGUGUUGUGUUUAUAAACAUUGAGCAUGAAUGCAAUAAAUUGCAUGAUGUAAGCAUGAUGAACUUUGAAAAGAGAAAAUAAUCUUGUGAAAUUGUUCGAUAUAUGUUAUUGCCUCUACAGCAAUCAGUGAUUUAUCCAAAAGUUUAUAUUAAAUCGUUAUCCAACAAUCAAUCAUGUCGCAGCACACCGAUAAAGAAUUGGACGUGAGUAAUUCAUCAAGAGGCAUUUGGCUAGUGAAGGUACCCAAGUAUAUCGCGAGUAAAUGGGAAAAAGCUCCUAGUAGCAUAGAAGUAGGAAAAUUGAAGAUAAACCGGAAUGCCAAUCAGAAGGUUCAAGUAAGCCUGAAUCUUUCAGAAUCAAUGUUAUGUAUGGAUAACGAUAAUCAAGAAGCGAUUCCUCGUAAUCAUAAACUAGACGUAACUCCUGUUAAUCGACAAACGUUGGGAGUUUUUUCUCAGGGCCCAAGUGGUCAAAGACUCGAGGACAGUAUGCUGGAACCAGAUAAAUUAAUUUUAGAAGGAAAAAUUGCUCAGAGACUGGAAUGUCAUCCUUACGCUGACAGUAAUUAUAUGAAAUUAAAAAUGGAAAGUUUCAAAAAAGCUCGUGAACCAGUUCGAUUACUAAAAACACUGGACAAAGUAGUAGUAGCUUACAAACCUGUUUCUAAUCAUAAACAUUUGAAAGAAUACGAAGAAAAGAAGAAAGCAGAGGGUAAACGUUCUCGCGAUGAUAAAAACGCUGUACUUGAUAUGUUGUUCAAAGCUUUCGACAAGCAUCAAUAUUACAACAUUAAAGAUUUAGUCACUAUUACGAAACAGCCUGUAGGAUACUUGAAAGAGAUUCUCAAGGAGGUGUGUAAUCAUAACAUGAAAAAUCCUCAUAAAAAUAUGUGGGAAUUGAAACCAGAGUAUCGGCAUUACAAUAAAGAAGAAGAAAAAGCCGCCGAGCCCGGUGCUGGUCCCUCGACAUCGUCGUAAAAUUACCUUGUGUUACUUUGUUUUUGUUCGACGGAAGUUUCAAAUUCGGAUUAUAAUGGACAAUUCGUAAUACUCCGCGAGUAAUUAUAAGAAUUCUAUAACGAUGAGUGCAGGAUUUCAUUUAUUUUGUGAAAGUGAUGAAAGGUACGACGAUGAAGAGUACGUUUUUCUUUAUGAUGAUUUUUGUGGAAGAUUUUCGAGUGUUUCCAAUAUUUUUUCGUUCAUAUAAUGUUGUACAAUAUGUCAUUAUUCUUAAUAAAUUUCGUUUCUAUAUUAUUAA